AUGUUUGGGAGAGGAAGAAGUGAUUCAAGCUCUGCAAGAAGCAGACUCAGGAGACCACUAGCAAAGUCUUCUGGUGGAAACUUGUACAUCUUCGCUGCAAUAAACUUUUUCUCAAAGUGGGCUGAAGUUGUCGCCCUUAAGGAAGUGAAGAAAGAGAAUGUUGCAAAUUUUAUACGAGUGAAUAUCAUCUAUCGUUUUGGUAUCCCUCGCUACAUAAUAACUAACAAUGGCAAGUCAUUUGAUAGUAAGCUAAUGGACAAGAUUUGUGAUCUUUUUGACUUCAAGCAACGUAAAUCUUCUAUGUAUUAUGCUACUGCCAAUGGUCUUGCUGAAGCAUUCAAUAAGACUCUAUGUAACCUGCUCAAGAAAGUUGCCUCCAUGUCCAAGCGAGAUUGA